AUGGCAACAAGCAAUCGUUAUGAAUUUCAACCUCCCAUGAACAUGAACGCUAUUCGUAGCAACAUAAUGCAACGUAUCAAGCAACGAAACGAACACAACAAGCAGCCUUUGACCCCUCCUCCUUCUUCCUCCAGUGUUGCCGCAUCCAAACAUGAUAUCCAAUACAUUCAUUUGGACAAUGGCUUGCCUUCCCCUCCUAUUGAAUCUUGCACAUUUGAUGAUGUCGAUACCUUUGAAAUGGCCAAUAACCACAGCAGCACUCUUCCUGACUCCCCUCCGUCCCCUGUCAUGUCCUUGACUAAAUCUUGCUCAUCUUCAACUACGGGAACAACAGUUGGAGGGACCACGCUUGAAUCCUCUGAAGCUAUUCGCGAAAAGAUAAGAAUCCUCAAAGAAGAAAAGCACCGUUUAUUCCAAACCAUGAAAGACUUGCUAUCUCAACCAGCACAACCAGUUGCCGCAGAAACUGUUGUCGCUGCUGCGUCUACUGUUGCUGCUUCCAUCAUUGAGAAGCCUGCUCCAAAGCAACAAGAAUCGGUUGUUUCAAAACCUAUGGCGGAAAGAUCAAGGUCGCAUAGCAGAGAUAAUAGCCUCAAGUCAAGACCCAUUUCAAGAUCUCGCAGUAUUAGUCACACUGAAUUCAGUAGGCCGCUAUCUCGGUACUCUGGUAAUUAUUACCAUGAUCGCAGGUCUCCUCCUAGAUUCUAUGGCAAUGACAAUCGCAGCUAUCCUUAUAAUCGUUCGUCUUAUCCUCAUACAUCAUCACAGCAAUCUCAAUCACAAACCGCAUCACUACCUUCAUCUUCAUCGUCUCCCACAUUAAAUAUGUCUCGUCGUGUACUUAAUAGCAAUAAUAUCAACAAUAACAAUAAUAACAACAACUCCUCUUAUGUACCAUCACGAUCGCAACUUGCAGGUAGACCUUCUUCCUCAUCUGCUGCUGCUGUUAGUGGCGGUGGUAUUGCUUCUGCUUCUGCUUCGACAUCGACUACCUUCCGUCCAUUAAAUCGCUCCUCUUCUGAUAGACAUUCAAGAUAUUAG